GUUAUAGCUGCAUUUUUGUGACCACAUACACGGCUGUGUCGGGAGGCAAGAUGCUGUCUCUCAUUAAGGGUUUUUUGCUGUUCUCUGUGUUGUUUCUCGUCCUAGUCUCCAGAGUUCACCCUAAAAAGAUUUUUAGAUGUCCUUCUGCAUGCACUUGCACAAAGGAGUCUAUUAUUUGCGUCGGAUCUUCCAGCGUCCCGCGGAUUAUUCCAAACGAUAUCAAUUCUCUGAGCGUUGUAAAUGGAACCUUCAUCGAAAUCAAGGAGGGGAUGUUUUCCCACAUGCCUUCUCUGCAGUUGUUGCUUCUGAAUUCAAAUGCAUUUUCUACCAUAAAAGAUGAUGCCUUUUCUGGGCUUCUGCACCUGGAGUAUCUAUUCAUUGAAAACAACAAAAUAGAGACUAUAUCUAAACAUUCGUUCAGAGGACUUUGGGAUUUAACACAUCUGUCCUUGGCUAACAACAAUAUCAAAUGUUUGCCAAGGGAAGUCUUCAAUGAUUUGGACUCAUUAAUUGAAUUAGACUUGAGAGGCAACUCUAUAGAAUGUGACUGCAAAUCCAAGUGGCUUUUAACCUGGCUGAAGACUACCAACGCUACAGUAUCUGAUGUGUCCUGUGCUGGUCCAGCAGAACUGAAGGACAAGAAGCUCAAUGACCUUCAAUCUUUAAAUCACAAGUGCACAUCUACAGACUUUAUCCUUCACCAGACUCUGCCUUUCCAGUCCUUGUCAGUAGACACCUUUGAUUAUAAAAAUGAUGUAUAUGUAGCCAUUGCACAGCCGAACAUGGAAAACUGCAUGGUGCUGGAGUGGGAUCACAUUGAGAUGAACUUCAGAAGUUAUGAUAACAUUACAGGACAGUCAAUAGUUGGAUGCAAAGCCAUACUGAUCGAAGACCAGAUCUUUAUUAUAGUAGCACAGCUUUUUGGGGGCUCCCACAUCUAUAAGUAUGAUGAAAGUCAGACCAAGUUCAUAAAGUUUCAGGACAUUGAAGAUUCCAAAAUCUCCAAACCUAACGAUAUUGAGGCCUUCCAGAUUGACAAAGAAUGGUUCUUUGUCAUAGCAGACAGCUCCAAAGUUGGGCUGUCUACACUUUACAAGUGGAACACUAAAGGAUUCUAUUCCUACCAGUCAUUGCAUGAGUGGUUUAGGGAUACAGACUCAGAGUAUGUUGACUUGGAUGGAAAACCACACUUAAUACUGGCCAGCAGGUCCCAGGUCCCAGUGAUCUUCCAGUGGAUCAAGAGCUCUAAGAAGUUCACUCAGCAAAGCGAAAUCCCCAACAUGGAGGAUGUUAUUGCGGUGAAGAGUUUCCAGAUCAAGAACGAACUCUACUUGGCCUUAACCAGGUUCAUUGGUGACUCCAAGGUCCUCAAGUGGUCCUCAAGUAACAAGGAGUUUGUGGAUAUCCAGUCUGUGCCCUCUCGGGGCUCUAUGAUCAUGCAGCCCUUCUCCUUCAAAGAACGCCACUACCUCGCUCUGGGAAGCGAUUACACCUUCUCGCAUAUCUACAUCUGGGACGAGGAGAAAAAGCUUUUCGUCAAAUUUAAAGAGAUCUAUAUUCAGGCUCCCCGUUCCUUCACAGCAGUGUCCACAGACAGAAGGGAUUUCAUAUUCACCUCUAGCUUCAAGGGAAACACUCAGAUAUUUGAGCACACCAUUGUUGAUUUAAGCUUGUGAAUACAAGAUGUACUGUAAUAGCUAAGAAAGCAAAUGUCUUCUGUAGCGUGGAGUAUGAAGCCGACACGUCUGAAUAAAAAGGUUAACUCCAUUCCAUCUUACAAUUUUUCUGACUUUUAAUGGUUUUCAAGGAGAACAAACACCUGCCUAAAGAGGAACAUAGGCUGGGAGGAGUUACAUUUUUAUUUGGAAUGAAAAAAUAUUUAUUGUAAAACUUCAAAUAAUUGCCGGGUCUCAAAUAAUCCCGCGUCAA